ACAUAACAGACACGGACAUAAUCACAGAAACCCAUACACGCAUACACAAGGAGACAGGGGUACACACAAAGACACACGUAUAUACAAACACACACAAAAACACGAAUGUGCAGAAUACAUACAUACAUACAUACAUACAUACAUACAUACGUACCCACGCAUACAUACAUGCAUGCAUACAUACAUACAUACAUACAUACACGUGUGUAUACACAUGCACGCUGACGCACACACAUGUGCACAACCAUGCAAAAGGAACGUAGCUCCGAUAACGGAGAGAUUCAACGUCUAUUGAGGUUGCAAGAAGCAACGAAAAUUCUGGAAGAAAAAAUACAUGAAUAUAUAAAGAAAAAAAUUUGAGUGGAAAUCAAAGUCGUUUCGUGAAAGUUAACGUUGCUGUUUAACCCUAGGCCAGUCAUAACUCCGUCGAGCUAUGGCACUAAGCCAUAACGACCUGUUUAUCAGACAAUGUGCACCCAAGACCACUUUAUUAAAUGUGUCUUUCUCCUUCUGAGACUGCAGAGUGUGAUUCGAGAGGUUACGUUGGUGAAGGACUCCUCAGUGCUUCAGUUUCUGGUCCUGUUUUUACAUCACCCCCACCAAUGAGUAUCAGCGCUGCUAUCAAUGCCAUCUGUACACCAGAAUCUAAAGGUGGCUGCCUUCUUUUGCUCCUCAACUACACUGGUGACCGCCUAAAUUUUGGUUUGUCCCUGGAGAGCUGCCGAAGUCAGUGGCCAAAGGUCAGCUUAGAUUCGGUCAUCAUUGGCGAGGAUUGUGCAUCUACCUCCAACGCUAGAUCUGCCGGACGGAGAGGACUUUGUGGAAGCAUACUUGUGCUGAAGAUUGCUGGUGCCAUGGCAGAAGAAGGCAGGAGUCUGGCUGAGAUUACGACUGUCUGUCGGGAUGUACUCAAGUGCAUCUGUACCAUUGGCCUUAGUCUCAGUGGUUGUACCGUUCCAGGGGUUGGCCCUCUCUUCUCUUUGGAGACAGGUGAAAUGGAACUUGGUCUGGGUCUUCAUGGAGAAGCAGGUGUGAAAAGACUAAAGUUUUCUUCUGCUAAAGAUGCUGUGGCUGUGAUGCUGGGUCACAUGUUUAAUCCUGAUAACUGCAAUGGAUUCCAGGCUGGAUCUGGAGAGGAAGUGGCCUGUAUCAUCAAUAACCUAGGGGGCCUUACAACUAUAGAAUUGAAUACAAUUGCAAAAGAAACCAUAACAUAUCUUGAAGAUAACAAGGGUCUGUGUGUCAGCCGUGUUUACUCUGGUACCUUUAUUACAUCCCUAAAUAUGAGGGGUGUCUCCAUAACCCUUCUCCACCUCAACAAAACCUACAAGAAAUACCUUGAUGCUCCCACCACGGCACCCAGCUGGCCUCGGUCAUGCCUACCCGUCGGCACCACUGACCGACAUACUCCUGCAACUGUCAACGUCCAAACUAACACGUUUACUGAGAAGCCAAAACUGACCAACACUUCUGCUGUGAAACAUGUUGCACGACAUGAGUUGCUGAAGCGAGUUUGUGAGUCUCUGUUGAAGAACGAGGAAUAUUUGAAUCAGCUGGACACCAUUUGUGGCGAUGGGGAUUGUGGGAGCACCCUGGCACGUGGGGCUCAAGUCGUCAUCGAAAGACUGAACACGGUGCAGCAGUGUCACUUAGCCGUGGACAACUGGGCCGACCUGGCCGAAGACUUGGCAGAGAUUGCAAAGAACUGCAUGGGCGGAACAUCAGGAGCCAUCUACUGCCUGUUCUUCACUGCUGCUGCUCGGGAACUAGAACAACAAUCUUCUGAUGUGACAGGUGCAGGUUGGUGCAAGGCUCUAGGGGCUGGGCUGGAGACCAUUCAAAGGUAUAGUGGGGCCAAUCCUGGAGAUAGAACUAUGGUCGACCCAUUACACUCUGCUCAUCAAAUGUUUGGAAGAACCUUGAAAGAAAAAGAUUUGGUUAGUUCCUUCAGGCUGGCUGUUGAGGCAGCUGAAGCUGGUGCUGAAGCGACAAAGUCCAUGUCUGCCCAAGCAGGACGUGCCAGCUAUGUGAGUUCUGAGUUACUUGAUCGACCUGAUCCUGGGGCAGUUGGGGUUGCAAUUUGGUUGAGGGCGAUUCUUGAUAAUUUGUGAGAAGUUGUUACAUGGGGGAUGAGAUUGUCACUUUGUUAUAGCUUAUGCAUCCCUUUAUUCAAGAUUCUGUGAUGUUUAGAAUGAUCAGAGAAAAACAGACAAUCAUCGUAUGUGCAAUCUCUUCAACCUAACUAUCAGGAUUUCAGUUUCAUGGUUGCCAUAGCAAUAUUAUCACCAUCAUCAUCGUCAUCAUCACAAUCACCAUCACUGUUAUUACCAUUGGCAUUACCAUAUAUGGACAUGAAGGUUGCUGUUCUGAGAAUCAAUCAGAAGACAUCCCCUCGUUGAUUAAUGAAUAAGAAUUUUGCCAUCAAUAUUAAAGGGUUUUUUGUCAAUCUUUACGUUCUGGGUUCAGAUUCCACCAGUGUCAGCUUUGCCUUUUCAUCCUCUUGGGGUACCCUCAGCCCAGAAAUUGCUGGCCUUGUGCCAAAAUUUGAAACCAAUAUUAAGGGGUUGGCCUUGAUCUUAAUGGCAAGAAUCGUGGACACACGAGUCCUUAGAUGAACAUUGGUGGAUUUAGCCUAUAAAAGGGCCACUACAUCCACCAUUUCUACUGUGCCAUCAAAAUAGUCUGUUUACAUGCUUUCUUAAGUUGGUAGAACAAAAAUAGCAGCCAAAUCUCCCUCAAAUCGCGUCUUUAUUUCAAAAUUAAUUGAAACAAAUGUUUAUUUCAAUGGAUAUAUGGUAAGAAAAGUGUUAGAUUGUCAGCUUUCAGCAAACCAACAAUACACCUUGCUCAGACCUCAGACCUACAGUGAAAGGCAUUCCAACCAUGACAUUUCCAUCUUUAUGCAGUUUUAGCUAUCACAGUCAUGGAUCUGUUGAAGUAUUACAACAGUUUCUAAAGUUUCCAUCAUUUUCUAAUUAUGAGGAUGUAAUCUGAAGAAGAUGAAGCUGCUAUUUCUAGUAGGUUAAUUAAUUUCUUGUCAAUUCAUGCACCCAUGGUGAUGGUAGUGAUGAUGAUAGCAGUGGUGGUGGUGGUAUUAAAGCAUUAUCAAUGAUAAUUAUAAGAAUAAUUACGAAAAUAAUCUGGUAAAGAGGUAAAAAUACAGAUGUAAUUAAUAAAUGUACAGUAUUCUGGGGUUAAAGGGAAUUAUUUUUUUUAAUUACAAAUUAUUUUUGAUUAAGAAUUAUUAAAUGAAUUUAUUUUCUUUGCCAAUCUUAUUUUUGUAUUUAUCAACCAAUAAAGACAAAAUUUUUUUACAAAAA